AUGAACAAUAAUCACAACAACCACAGUAAUAAUAAUAGUAAUAACAAUAAUUCGCAGGGUAAUCCACAUACUAUAUCGAAUUUAUCAGCAGGUUUGAAAUCAGUAUCACUAACGGAUCAACAACAAAAUGAAGUAAAUUUAAAUCUAUUACAACAACAACUACAGAAUGAAGCUGGGAAUUCAUCAAAUUCAAAUAAUAUAGAACAACAACAACAAUUACAAUCAAGAAUAAGUCAAUUUUUUCAAAACCAACCUACUGAAGGUUAUACAUUAUUUAGUCAUAGAUCUGCUCCUAAUGGAUUUAAAGUUGCAAUUAUAUUAUCUGAAUUAAAUUUGCCUUUUAAUACUAUAUUUUUAGAUUUUAAUAAUGGCGAACAAAGAGCUCCAGAAUUUGUUACAAUAAAUCCAAAUGCAAGAGUACCUGCAUUAAUUGAUCAUUAUAAUGAAAAUACUUCAAUAUGGGAACUGGGAGCAAUUAUACUAUAUUUGGUUUCAAAAUAUAUAAAGGAAAACAAUGGUGAAUGUUCAUUAUGGAGUGAUAAUUUAAUAGAACAAAGUCAAAUUAAUUCUUGGUUAUUUUUUCAGACAAGUGGUCAUGCUCCAAUGAUUGGUCAAGCUUUACAUUUUAGAUAUUUUCAUUCAUGCCCUGUACCAAGUGCAGUUGAAAGAUAUACAGAUGAAGUAAGAAGAGUUUAUGGAGUUGUUGAAAUGGCAUUAGCUGAAAGAAGAGAAGCAUUAAUUAUGGAUUUGGAUGUUGAAAAUGCAGCUGCUUAUAGUGCAGGAACUACACCUUUAUCACAAUCAAGAUAUUUUGAUUAUCCUGUAUGGCUAGUGGGAGAUAGAGCAACAGUAGCGGAUUUAUCUUUUGUACCUUGGAAUAAUGUUGUUGAUAGAAUAGGGAUAAAUUUGAAAGUUGAGUUUCCAGAGGUUUAUAAAUGGACUAAAUAUAUGAUGCGAAGACCAGCGGUAAUUAGAGCAUUGAGAGGAGACUAA